AGGUUUUCUGUCGAUCCGUUCGCGACCGAAGCAUACCUCCAGCAGUCGCGUGCUCUUUUCUGUGCUAGCAACUUCCGUUCCGACUAUGAAAAAGUGCGCGUUCGGAAUCUCGGAAACUUAAACCACAAAAAAUACAAACACUUUUCCCGAUUUUAAUCGGUUGGUUUAUUAAAAAUGAACCAUUGCUUACAUCCGAGGGCUGAAAGCAUCAUUCAAACGUCCGGGCGCGAAGACGUGUGUGUUGGGGAUCCUUCUCGUGUACGUGGCCAUAUAUUCGCCGGUUUCCCCUAUUUAUUCUUUCAGCCGAAUAUGGAAACCGCCAUUGAAUUACUUUUUUUCAUGGGGCUUAUUUAUUGGUUAUUUCCGAACUUUUUUACUGAAGGCAUAUCAAGAAUUAACAAAAUGGUUGAUAUUGUAACUAAUCGUAUGUUUGAUGUCUUCAACAAGUUUUCUCCCCGAGAAAGUCACCAAAAUGAUUCCUUGGCAACGAUGAGCAACUUGAAACGGUUUUCUUCCGAACAAAAAAAUAGAAGAAAGCUUACUAAAGAAGCUGAACAAAAGGCUAGGAAUAAUCAUAUAUUUGAAAUCAAGGAAAAUGCUCCUCCUGUUGUCGUUCCAAAAAGACGCCCAAUGAUGGGAUUGAGUUGUUAUGGGUGUACCCCAUCUAGCAGAGACUCACUCGUUAACCAGUCGGCGGAGAAUUUCGCAUUGAAAAACAUUCUUGAUUAUAACCCGAAAGCAUCAAGAUAUGGAUUUUUACAACGCACUUUUAAGCAUCUCGCCCAAAAUUAUGAACUGAAAAAAUUCGAUUAUCCUCAGUGCGCCGGGUUGGUUUUGGGCAAUGAACGUGUUAAGUAUGCUGUUGAAAAAACCGCCGUUCAACAGUAUAAAGAUUCAAAUAGUGACGAUUCUGAUUUUUACGCGCAGCUAGUUACAAACAAUGAGAAAAGAGCUAAGAGGAUUUUACAUGAUAUGAGAUCAACUUUAUCAGACUUUUUAUUAAGAUUUACGUCAUGGUUAUUAUGCAAACUUCUUCCAUGUUUUGUGUCAUCAAUCGUCGUCCAUCCUGGCCAUAUAGAAAUGUUACAAAAAGCGGGAAAAACGAAUUUGCCUUUAAUCUUUUUACCACUACACCGAUCCCAUUUGGAUUACAUUUUAAUGUCAUUUAUAUUAUUAAAUAAUAACGUUCGUUCACCACUUGUUGCAUCAGGAGAUAAUUUGCGGAUACCAUUUUUUGGGUCUCUUUUGAGAGGUUUAGGCGCGUUUUACAUUAAGCGUCGUAUCGAUCCUGUAAUGGGGCAAAAAGAUCACGUUUACAAAGCUGUCUUACACACAUACAUGAAUGAAUGUCUCAAGGCCGGUCAUAACAUUGAGUUCUUCUUGGAAGGCGGCCGCACAAGAACCGGAAAGCCAUGCAUGCCCAAAUAUGGAAUUCUUAGUGUAAUUGUUGAGGCUUUUAUCGAUGGGAUCAUUGAAGAUGCUCUUCUUGUUCCUGUUAGUGUUAAUUAUGAAAAACUGGUUGAUGGUAAUUUUGUUAGAGAACAACUUGGGCAACCUAAAGAAAUGGAAACGUUUGGAAAUGCUAUCAAGGGAAUUUGGCAUGUUUUAAAUAGUAAUUAUGGUAUGAUUCGGGUUGAUUUUAAUCAACCAUUUUCUCUCAGGGAAUUAAUUAAAACGUUUAACUCAAAUGGAAGAACAACCAAAGCUCCUGUUGCCAAAAUGUUGAAAUCAAAUCCUUCUACUACUAGUUUGUAUGGUACUGAUGUUGUUUCUGAUGAACAUAAAACUUUAGUGGAAAAUAUAUCGAAGCACGUAAUAUACGAUUGUGCUCAAUCGAUGGCUGUGAUGUCAACAAAUGCUGUAGCAUUCCUAUUAUUAAAUAGAUUUAGAAAUGGUGUUACUGUAGAUCAAUUAGUAGAUGCUGUAGAUGAGUUAAGAGUAGAUCUUGCUUUGGUUAGACGAGAUCUUGGUUUUAGAGGCGAUUCCUUAGAUGUAAUUAAUUAUGCUAUUGAACUACUUGGACCAGGUUUAAUAAGAAAAGAAAGACUAAAUAACGAAGAAAUAAUUAAGCCAGUAGCGAUGUUACCAAACGUAAUCGAACUGAUGUAUUACUCUAAUAGUUUAACAACAGUUUAUUCACUCGAAUCAGUGGUUGCAACCGCGUUAUAUUCACUGGACUUAUCAAGAGGUUCGGUGUAUAGAGAUGAUUUGGUUGAUGCUGCAAUUGAGCUGUGUGAUAUUUUGCAGUACGAAUUUUUAUUCUGUAAGCCUUGCCAAAGUUUAGAGAUUAUGAUUAUGGAUUGUAUUGAUGAUUUGGUGAUAAGAAAAGAAAUAUUUAUUUAUAAUAAUCAAAACGCGGAAGAUGUUCAAAAAAGCAAGCGAAUUGCUCAACAAUUCGAUGACAGUUCUGAUGAAGAUUACUGUCCAGCUGUUGAAUAUAAAUUAAAUGAGAAAGCAACGGAUUAUUUAAUUUAUCUUAGAAGUGUUUUAAGAUCUUUGGUUGAAGCAUACGCCACAACAGCGUUUACUUUAGAGAAGAUAAUUGGGAGGAGUUUAAUUGAAAAUGAAUUGGUUGGGGAUAUAAUGAGUGAAAUGAAGAAACAAUUAGCGGAUGGUUCACUACUUUAUCCUGAAAGUGUUUCUGUAGACCCUAUUAAAAAUGCAUUAAAACUUUUCCAAAAAUGGGAUAUUUUAGAAUGCCACUCAGAAAAGAGACUUCGGUUAUACUAUUUGAAAGACAGUCAAGACAACGCAACUAGCAUAAACACGUUAUACAAUAGGAUAAAUAAGUUUAAGACGAGCAGUAGUAGCGAAUAAAGAGGUUUAUAACCAAAGUUUUUGUCCUUUAGAUAGAGAUUGAAAUAAUUAUAAUUAUUAUGCUAUUAGUAAAUAGGUGUAUAAUUUAAUAUUUUUGUUCUUGAAAUAGUACUGAACGAUUGAAUUGUUAAUAAAAGACAGAUUCACAUGUGUACAAUUUUAAAAUUCUCGUUUAAAAUGAAUUUGAAAAAGAAAUGUUAAAAUAAUAACGGUGUUUUGUACAUAUAAACAUAUAAAAUAUUAUAACUUCCGUGCUACAUAGCAGUAGCACACGGCCUGCAAUUGCUCAGAAUGUUACAUUAUUUCAGGACAAUUAGUGGUACUGUGAUAAUGGAAAUUAAUUUUUUUUACUCAAAAUUAGCAUAAUAUAAGGCUAUCGAUUAUGAUUGUUUUUAUAUGUGUAAAUACAUUAAAUUUCUUAUGAAACAAAUAUAAUAAAUAAAUCUGUAUAAUAA